AUGACGAACGCGCUGAAACGGGCCGGCGAGCAGCAAGGGGAGCUGCUGGAAAAGAAGAUGCGGAGGCAGUCGUACGACUACUCUGCGGGCAGCGAGCCGGUAUCGAGCAUCGAGAUAGUGCCGACGGACCGGUACACGAAGCAGAACGUGCAGGGGUACCGGUCGACGCAGGCUGCGGACACGAAGGGCAAUGGCGACGCGACGCUGUUUGAGCACGAGCUGCAGCAGAUGGAGCACGAGAGCGCCGCUGCGCAGGAGCGCAACCAGCAGGUGCUGUGGUCACGUGAUAAGCUACCGGCGGACUUCGCGGCCGCGACGCACGACAUCACGUUCCAGCAGCUGGACGCAGAGCAGGCAGUGCUGCCGGGGUACAUCGACGGCGGGACGUCUGCAGUGGUGCGCUUCUUUGGCGUGACGGAGCAGGGCCACUCGGUGCUGUGCAGCGUCACGGGCUUCAAGCAUUACAUGUACGUGCCUGCGCCGGCGAACUUCGACGCGCGGACGGACGUGCCCGUUCUGGUUGACUACCUGAACGACAUGUUUGACGGCGUUGUGGACUCGGUCGAGGUGUGCCAGAAGCAAAGCAUCUGGGGGUACAGUGGGGAUCAGAAACUGCAGUUUCUGAAGGUGCUGGUGGCAGAUCCCUACGGUUUGAACAAGAUCCGCACCGCGUUCGAGAAGGGCUACAUCACGCCGAAUGACACAUGGUUCCAGGGUGGCACGACGACAUACGACAACAUUGCCUAUACGCUGCGCCUGAUGAUCGACUGCGGCAUUGUUGGCAUGUCGUGGAUCACACUACCAAAGGGCAAGUAUGCCAUGAUCCCAAAGAACAAAAAAAUAUCUACGUGCCAGCUGGAAGUGUCAAUAAACUAUAAGGACCUGAUUUCGCGGCCGGCAGACAGUGACUGGUCGCACAGUGCUCCAUUGCGAAUCCUCUCUUUCGACAUAGAAUGUGCUGGCCGCGUGGGCGUGUUUCCAGAACCGGAGGUUGAUCCUGUCAUUCAGAUAGCGAAUGUUGUCAGUAUUGCGGGAGAGUCAAAACCAUUUAUUCGCAAUGUCUUCACAGUUGACACCUGUGCGCCCAUUACUGGCUCGCAAAUUUUUGAGCAUGAGACAGAAGAAGCGAUGCUUAAACACUGGCGUGACUUCCUUGUUGAGGUUGACCCCGACGUUAUCAUUGGUUACAAUACGACAAAUUUUGAUCUUCCUUACCUGAUCAACAGAGCUGCAGCCUUGAACGUGUCUUCAUUUCCCUACUUUGGCCGUUUGGUUAACUCCAAGCAGGUCAUCAAAGAAACUGUAUUUUCAUCCAAGGCUCAUGGAACGCGGGAGUCGAAGUCGAUCAAUAUCGAGGGCCGCCUUCAGUUGGAUAUUUUUCAGUUUGUAAGACGAGAAUAUCAGUUGAGAUCGUACACUUUGAAUUCUGUUUCUGCCCACUUCCUUGGAGAGCAGAAGGAGGAUGUGCACCAUUCCAUUAUUGCUUCUCUCCAUAGGGGUGACAGUGAGACAAGACGGAGGCUUGCAGUUUACUGUUUGAAGGACGCAUACCUACCACUGCGCCUGUUAGAAAAACUGAUGGCUUUGGUGAACUACACGGAAAUGGCAAGAGUUACAGGCGUUCCAUUUCCGUAUUUGAUCACCCGUGGCCAACAAAUUAAAGUCAUCUCGCAACUGUAUCGGAAAUGCUUGCAAAUCGAUACUAUCAUUCCGAAUAUGCACGGGAACCAUUCUGAUGAUCAGUAUCAGGGUGCCACGGUCAUUGAACCGAUAAGAGGCUACUAUGACAUACCGAUUGCAACGUUGGAUUUCAAUUCCUUGUAUCCUUCUAUUAUGAUGGCACAUAAUUUGUGCUAUACCACUUUGUGCAACAAAGCAACAGUUCAGCGGCUACAAUUAAAGGAAAAUGAAGAUUAUAUCAUAACGCCUAACGGCGAUUACUUUGUUACCUCUAAAAAGCGGCGCGGUAUUUUGCCGAUUAUUUUGGAAGAAUUGAUCGCCGCUAGGCAGCGUGCGAAGGGAGAAUUGAAGAAGGAAACUGACCCAUUCAAAAAAGACGUGUUGAAUGGCCGUCAGUUGGCUCUGAAAAUAUCAGCAAAUUCUGUGUAUGGGUUCACCGGUGCUACAGUUGGAAAACUGCCUUGUCUUUCUAUCUCCUCUUCUGUUACUGCAUAUGGCAGAACCAUGAUUGAAACCACUAAACGAGCAGUAGAAGAGAAGUACACUAUUAAAAAUGGUUAUAAACAUGAUGCUAUUGUUGUAUAUGGUGAUACUGAUUCUGUCAUGAUUAAAUUUGGUACAAACGAGUUGAAGCAGACCAUGGAGCUUGGCGCAGAAGCUGCUGCCUAUGUGUCUUCCUUGUUUAAGCACCCCAUCAACCUAGAGUUCGAGAAGGUAUACUUCCCAUACUUAUUGAUUAACAAAAAGCGGUAUGCAGGCCUGUACUGGACCAAACCAGAGAAGUAUGAUAAACUAGAUCAAAAGGGGUUGGCGUCUGUCAGACGUGACUCAUGUCCGCUGGUAUCUAUCGUCAUGAAUAAAAUUUUGCGUAUGAUCCUGAUUGAAAGAAAUGUACCUGGCGCACUAAAGUUUGUGGAAAAUACUAUUGAAGACCUUUUACAAAACAAGGCUGAUAUUUCGAAGCUUAUCAUUUCGAAGACUUUAGCACCUAAUUAUACCAAUGCACAACCUCACGCAAUUCUAGCCGAACGCAUGAAGAAAAGAGAUGGUGUAGGCCCGAAUGUCGGCGACAGGGUAGACUAUGUGAUCAUAGGUGGUAAUGACAAGCUUUACAACAGAGCAGAAAAUCCCUUAUAUGUCCUGGAACAGAAUAUACAACUGGAUUCGAAAUAUUAUCUGACAACUCAGUUGCAGAAUCCUGUUGUGAGCAUCAUUGCCCCAAUUAUUGGUGAAAAGCAGGCCAAUGCCAUGUUUAUUGUCAAAUCUAUUAAAAUCGCUACCAGCAAUCAGAAGGGUGGUCUAAUGGGAUUCAUCAAAAAGGUUCAAACAUGUAAAGGGUGCCGUGGACCUCUAAAAAAGAACGAAGGGCCGUUAUGUUAUUCUUGUAAGGAGCGUUCCGGUGAGCUGUAUCUAAAAGCUGUUUCUGACGUUCGGGAGCUAGAAGAAAAGUUUUCCCGGCUAUGGACCCAAUGUCAGCGUUGUUCCGGCAGUUUGCACAACGAAGUCCUUUGUUCUAAUCAGAACUGUGAUAUAUUUUAUAUGAGAGUGAAGGCUAGGAAGGAGCUGCAAGAGAAAGUCGAGGAUUUGAGCAAAUGGUGA